UUUGCGGAUUGGAAGUGGGGCGGGAUGAAACAGCAGUGGUGACUGGGAAAAAACAUUCUCUAUCCUUUCUCGCUCAGUCAGAAAAUAACACCUUUUGUAAUAGUUUAGGGUAGAAAGGAAAGAAGCGGUAACCAUGAGAAGAUGUCUGCUUGUUAGCUAGGUUUAUUGGUCAGCUAAUGAAUACGUGAAGAUUCGAUAAGCCACCUCAUGCAGUGAGUUGUGUUGGACUUUGUCUUUGAACGAUUAAUUUUGUGCAUGGGCCCGUAGCCAACCCCGGUACAACACAUGCAGCAUAUCUGAUAUCAUGGACUGUGCAACGUUGGGUCAAGAAUCUAGUGUCCAGCAGCUGACCUGUGACUCCGAGGAGGAUGCAGUGGAUGUGGGGAUGCACACCUUCAACUACACCCAUAUGAGAAAGGCAUUUCAGCUGAUGAAUGACUUAAGGAGUAAGAAAAUGCUGUGCGACGUUCUGUUGGUGGCGGGAAACAUAGAGGUGCCAGCUCACAAGUUGGUGCUAGCCUCCUGCAGCCCCUACUUCUGUGCCAUGUUCACAGGGGACAUGAGUGAGAGCAAAGCCCAGCAGGUGGAGAUCAGGGAAGUGGAUGGCCAGACACUUAGGAAGCUGGUGGACUAUAUCUAUACAGCUGAGAUUGAAGUAACAGAGGACAACGUUCAGGUACUCCUGCCUGCAGCCAGUCUCCUGCAGCUGAUGGACGUGAGGCAGUUGUGCUGUGAGUUCCUGCAGAGCCAGCUGCACCCCACCAACUGUCUGGGCAUCCGAGCCUUUGCUGACCUCCACACCUGCACACAGCUCCUCAACCAGUCCCAUGCCUAUGCUGAGCAGCAUUUCUCCGAGGUGAUGCUGGGAGAGGAGUUCAUGGGCCUGUCUCUACAGCAGGUGUAUAGUCUAAUCUCCAGUGACAAACUCACCGUGUCCACAGAGGAGAAGGUGUUUGAGGCCAUGGUUGCGUGGAUAAAGCACAACAAGGAAGCUCGUCUGGAGCACAUGCCAAAGCUGAUGGAGCACGUUCGUUUGCCACUACUGUCCAGAGAUUACCUGGUGCAGAUAGUGGAGGAGGAGGCCUUGAUAAAAAACAACAACAUCUGCAAGGACUUCCUGAUAGAGGCCAUGAAGUACCACCUCCUGCCCGCUGAUCAGCGCCACCUCAUCAAGACUGACCGUACACGCCCACGCACGCCUAUCAGCCUGCCCAAGGUGAUGAUAGUGGUGGGUGGGCAGGCUCCUAAAGCCAUCCGCAGUGUGGAGUGCUAUGACUUCCUGGAGGACCGCUGGUACCAGGUUGCUGACCUGCCAUCCAGACGCUGUCGAGCAGGUGUGGUGUUCAUGGCAGGGAGGGUGUACGCGGUGGGAGGCUUCAACGGCUCGUUGCGAGUCAGGACGGUGGAUGUGUACGACGGGGUGAGGGACCAGUGGACUACAGUUCCCAGCAUGCAAGAGCGACGCAGCACCCUUGGGUCGGCCGUACUGGGGGACAUGCUCUACGCCGUGGGGGGCUUCGACGGGAGCACAGGCCUGUCGUCAGUGGAGGCCUACAACUACAAGACCAAUGAGUGGAUGUUUGUUGCUCCCAUGAACACGAGACGCAGCAGUGUCGGAGUGGGAGUGGUGGACGGGAAGCUGUAUGCGGUGGGUGGCUACGACGGGGCGUCGCGCCAGUGUCUCAGCACGGUGGAGGAGUACAACCCAGUCAGUAACCAGUGGGGCUACAUGGCUGACAUGAGCACCAGACGCAGCGGAGCAGGUGUUGGGGUGCUGAGCGGGCAGCUGUAUGCGGCGGGGGGCCACGACGGGCCCCUGGUGAGGAAGAGUGUGGAGGUGUACGAUCCCCCUAGUAACACCUGGAAACAAGUGUGCGACAUGAACAUGUGUCGGAGGAAUGCCGGAGUAUGUGCCAUAAACGGACUGCUGUAUGUGAUCGGAGGAGAUGACGGCUCCUGUAACCUCUCCUCAGUGGAGUAUUACAACCCUGCCACAGACAAGUGGAGCCUCAUCCCCACCAACAUGAGCAAUGGCCGAAGCUAUGCAGGUGUAUCUGUCAUAGACAAGCCUUUAUGACUAUCAGCCCCCGAUUGCAGGACCCCACAGCCACAGGCAGCAGCCAAAGGGAGCCACUCUGACGCACACACAGACGUCUGAUUUCACAGUCAACUCCUCGGAGUAACACUAGCCUGACAGGUGGCUCUGAGCAUGGGUCUGGGCUGCCAUAGAGAGAGAGGAGGAGAGGGAGAAAGAGGG